CAGCGCGCUGAUAGCGUUCACGUGGAUGCUGUUUUGCAGCAUCAGAGGCGCACUUCCCAAGACCUAGUUUAUUUGACGGGGGAUGAUACAUGAUUUGGUUAGUGGUGUGAGAUGUUCAUUAUUUGCCAUGGCAAGAAGUCUGUUUUCAUGGGUCUGGCUGAGAAAGCCUAUCUACAUACAGGCCCGAUUCUCUUACCUGCACAUGAAGUAUAUGUUCUUCUCGUGGCUGGCAGUGUUUGUGGGUAGCUGGGUGGUGUAUGUGGAGUACUCAUCCUACUCAGAGCUGUGCCGUGGACAAGCAUGCAAGAAUGCCAUAUGUGACAAGUACAGGAAAGGAUUGAUUGACGGCUCGGCCUGCACCAGCCUGUGUGAGAAAGACACGCUGUACCUGGGGAAGUGUCUCUCAUCCAAGCCUAACAACCAGGUGUACUCUGGUGGCUGGGGGGACCUGGAGGGGGUGGUUAAGUGCCAGAUGGAGGAGGUUCCUCGUUAUGACCCGGGAGCUGAGAUGGAGCACAGGAAGGAGGCUUCGCGCUUCAACAAGCCCACCAAGGGAACCUCUGUGGAGAAGUUCAAAGCGAUACUCCUCAGCCACCUCAAGACCAAGGUGGGUGAACAGGCCAACCUUCAAGACCUGGUGAGCCUGGUUCUUUUCGUGGCCGACUACAACAAAGACGGCCUCAUCUCCCUACCCGAGGCCCGUUCCAUGUGGGCCCUGCUCCAGCUCAAUGAGUUCCUUCUAGCGGUGGUCCUGCAGGACAGGGAGCAUGCCCCCAGGCUCCUGGGCUUCUGUGGGGACCUGUACGUGAUGGAGAAGGUGCCCUACGCUCCCCUGUACGGCAUCAGCCUGCCAUGGGUAGUGGAGCUGUGGAUACCCGCGGGGUUACGACGCAGCAUGGACCAGUGGUUCACGCCCUCCUGGCCCCGCAAGGCCAAGAUCUCCAUUGGCCUCUUGGAGCUUGUAGAGGAUGUCUUCCACGGCACCUUUGGCUCCUUCCUCAUGUGUGACGUGAGUGCAGCCGACUUUGGCUACAACGACCGCCACGACCUGAAGGUGAUGGACGCUCGUCACAUCGUCCCCGAGGCCACUUUCCAGGAAGCCAUGAGGGAGCGGCGGUGCAACGUGGACGAGGACUGUCUGUACGGGACCGACUGUCGCACUUCCUGUGACCUCACCAAGCACCGGUGUACGCCAGAGGUGACACGGCCCAACCUGGCCAAGGCGUGCAGCUCGCUGAAGGAAUAUCUCCUGCGUGGGGCGCCGUCUGACAUUCAGGAUGAGCUGGAGAAACAGCUGUAUGCUUGUAUAGCGUUGAAGGGCUCGGCGGAGCAAAUGGAGAUGGAACACUCGCUUAUACUGAACAACCUGAAGACCUUGUUGUGGAAGAAAAUAUCGCACACCAAGGACUCCUAAUGAGGCGAAAAUAUAGGACUACCUGACAUGAUGGCUCCUUGCUGUCCCCAGUCCACCUGGCCAUGCUGCUGCUCCAGUUUCAACUGACCUGAGCCCUAGGACCAUGCCCCAGGACUACCUGACAUGAUGACUCCUUGCUGUCCCCAGUCCACCUGGCCAUGCUGCUGCUCCAGUUUCAUGAACAUUUGAACAUCUUGGCCAUGUUCUGUUAUAAUCUCCACCCGGCACAGCCAGAAGAGGACUGGCCACCCCACAUAUGCUCUCUCUAAUUCUCUUUUUUUCUCUCUCCCGGAGGACCUGAGCCCAAGGACCGUGCCCCAGGACGACCUGACAUGACUCCUUGCUGUCCCCAGUCCACCUGACUGUGCUGCUGCUCCAGUUUCAACUGUUCUGCCUUGUUAUUAUUCGACCAUGCUGGUCAUUUAUGAACAUUUGAACAUCUUGGCCAUGUUCUGUUAUAAUCUCCACCCGGCCGGCACAGCCAGAAGAGGACUGGCCACAGCCUGGUUCCUCUCUAGGUUUCUUCCUAGGUUUUGACCUUUCUAGGGAGUUUUUCCUAGCCACCGUGCUUCUACACCUGCAUUGCUUGCCGUUUGGGGUUUUAGGCUGGGCUUCUGUACAGCACUUUGAGAUAUCAGCUGAUGUACGAAGGGCUAUAUAAAUCAAAUUUGAUUGAUUGAUUCAUUGCAAAGCCCCCAGAGACCCUUUAGAUCUGAUGAGGUUAAUAUUAACCAAUAUAUGAUUUAAUUCCUAAACCAGUAGGCCCAGGGUUAUGAACACAUGUUCAUUGUCUAUGGCAGGGGUAUUGAAAUCCGAGACAGAGAGGUCUGGAGAACCAGAGGACGGCGUAUGGAACACCGUUUGGGCCAAAAAGCACAUGGUCAAAACGCAAUAUUUUUGAUAAAUCCUACGUAGGUGCAGGCACUAAAUUAAUACAUGCUAUAUGACCCAAACGGCAUUCCAUAAGUUGCGCCUGUCACACGCAUCUGCCCUCUCAUUGGCUAGAAUGAACACGCCUGCAUUGGACCGUUGAGGUCUUGCAUUGCCAUUGUUAGAGCGUUCACUCUAAUAGAUUGUCAAUGUAGAUAAGUAGGUCCAGAUUUCAAUACAACUUAAACGACAAAGUUCAUGGCAUAAUUGCUGGAUAAUAGCCAAAUUAUUUUUUAAACUGCACCAUGACAAAGUGUAGAAUUGUAAUGUAUUUGCUUUAAAACAGCAAUAUUCUCAGAUGCCAAGAGAUGCCCUUUAAAAUGUUCCUUCUCAAUGACCUAGACUUGGUUCGUUCGGCCAUCCACAUUCUGAUUUAAGGGAUCUCUAAUGAAUUUGCUAUCACAAAAGGGGUCUCCGGCCUAAAAAAGAAGCUUGAGAACCCCAUAUAUAUAUAUAUAUAUAUAUACUAUACAAUCUCAACCACUAAACAGUCAUUUUUAUACUUUCAUCGAAGCGUCUAUAAAUAAACAUGCACAA